CAGGAACCUAACACUGCCGGCGACCUACGCCCAGAGGUCUAAAUACACUGCAAGCAGGCGGAAAAGUCGUGUUGUGCUCCUUCAGAAACCUCCUACGGCAGAAACCUCCUACGUUCAUCUUCUUUUGCUGACACCAGUACAUGGCCUAGCCCAGAUGGCAGGCGCCGAGGUCAUCCAAGCGGCGUCUGGGCUCGCCGGCCUUUUCAACACAGCCAUAACGUGGUUCGACUACAUCCUCGUUGCCAAGCAGGCGGCUCCACGGCUGCAGUCGCUGCUGGUAAAGCUCGACAAUGCGCAGCUGAGGCUGACGCGCUGGGGCAAAGCGGUCGGAAUCGCAGGCCCGGGAGUUGAAGACGAAGACUCGAUGAAAGGCUCCGGCUCGUUCGAGCUCGACGACGAGCAGGAGCAGCAGGCGAUCCAGACAUUCCUGGCGGUAGCAGACCUUUUCAAAGAGUGCCAGAAGCUCUGCGACAGCGAGCGCAAUAGCAAGAGCGAAGACGAGCCCACACAGAACGAGAUUCGCCCAUUCGACCCGGCCAGCGAGCGGUGGAACCCCAUGCACCGCUACCUCCAUGUGAAAAUGCAGGGCAUCGUCAACGGCCGCAAAAACAAGGUUUCAGUCGCGCAGCGUAUCAAGUUUGCCUUUUACCAGAAGAAGCACCUCGAGCAUUUUAUCAAAGACAUUAACGGCCAUAUCGACAACCUGUACAGCAUCUAUGACCCACCCGCGGACAAGCAGGGGGAGCUCGGCAAGGCUGAACUAGUGGAGAUCCUUGAGAUUGUGAAGGAGUUGGGCGCCGCUUCCGACCAUGAUUCCGUCAUCCGCUCUGCCGUGCAGAAUAUCCUUAAACAAGAGAACAACGAUACGACCUAUAACAUAAGGGGGGGCACUACACAAAACAUAGGAAACCACCAGAGCGGCCAGUAUACAAUGCAUGUUGGGCUGGCUCGGAAUAGCAAAUGACGUUAGGUGGUCGGUGACUGCGAGUACAUGCCACUGCCCUGGCGGGCGUAGGCAACGUGGAACCGGACCAGUGAUACCUGGCUGGUCGUAUGGUGUUAUUUAGCUAGGGUAUUUAGCUACGGGGAAUUUGAACGUCAGCAUCGCCGGGUUUGAUCCCUUGGCUGCGACCAAGUUCUAUAGAGGUUUUUUUUCUCCCCGGGGAUUUGUUUUGGCAGAGUCAUGCAGCCCGUGCGUGAAAAGAUGUAAAUACCUCGUAGGGGAUCAAAUUUUUAAAGGGCGCAGGCAAGUCGCG